UUUUUUGACAGGCAUUGACAAAGGACUACCAUGCACCGUCGGAAAGACCCCAUAGGGCCAAGAUGGCUGCGCCCGUGACAGACGCCGGGGAGUUUGAAAGAUGGCUUAAUGAUCGUCUGGACUCUCUAGAAGUGGACCGAGAGGUUUAUGGGGCCUACAUUUUAGGGGUUCUGCAGGAGGAGGAAAGUGAUGAUGAGAAAGAAGAUGCGCUACAAGCGAUUUUAUCCGCAUUUCUGGAGGAGGACAAUGUAGAAGAUGUCUGCAAACAGAUUAUUAAGCAGUGGACAGAUUGGCGCAACAAAUCAGCAGCCAAAAAUGAUUCUGAUGAUGCUGAGGUCCAGGCCAUCGCCAGGAUGAUAGAAAAACAAGCCCAGAUUGUGGUGAAACACAAAGAGGUUUCCGAGGAGUCGCAGAAAAGGAAGGACGCCCUCCUGGCUCAAUACGCUAAUGUAACAGACGACGAGGAUGAAGCUGAAGAAGAGGAGCCAAGUGGUGCUAAUAACUUCAUCGGAAAUGAGAAAUCCCUGUUCAAGAACACCAACGUGGAAGAGGUGCUGAACAGACAGAAGCAGAAGCGAGACCAGGCUCGUGAAGAUUCUCAGAAGAAGAAGGAAGGGGACAAGAUGCAGCGGGAGAAGGAUAAACUUGUCAAACAGGACAGAAAAGAGAAGGAAAAGAAGCGUACACAGAAAGGCGAACGCAAAAGAUAAAACACAGAGAAAGGACACUUUGUAUUGCCUCUUUAGCUGAACCCCAUUGGCACAUUCUAUUAUGUGAACAUCAGUCCCUUUAUGUUAAGUUCUUUCUCUUUAUGUGUAAAGAAUGUGUAUUUGUCCCUAAAUCCCUGCUAUUCUUGGAUACUGAUAUGACCAGAUCCUGAAACAUGUAUUGGAAAAAAGCUGCCAACUGUUUUGGGAUGAGUCUGUCAGUCCUCUGUCGCUGAUCAAACUUAAGUCUCUGCUGAAUGUUGCUUAUAGCAGCGAGUGUGAAACAUGCUUUGGCUGAGCUACAGCAAGUAUACACAAAUUGGAUUGGUCACGGUAAAAUCAGAGGAGUGCCUGCAAUGCAGCCCAAUCCAGUUUGCACUAUUAGCCUCUUUGCCAAUAUGCCUUUCAUUUCUGCAGAACUUCCAACAGAAAGUGUUUCUCUUGAUGCAUUUUGUGUCCAAAAUUAAAAACAGAAGAGUGGUUACUGAGUAAUACCACAAACAUAUCAUGUACCAUAAUUUCAAUGUUUAUAAUGAGGUUCAUCAGCUUUUGAAAUUAAUAAAAAAGAAAAACAUUUUCAGCAA